ACUAGUUUCAACUAAAGAUUGAUUAGAGUUUCAAGAUUAAAGUUGUUUACUUUGUUGUUUGUUUAUGCUGUUUAUUAUUUGUUAGAGUUACCAUUUUAAAAUUGAUUUAACAAUGUUAAUAAAUGAACUUCCUGAUGAUUGUUUGCUGACUAUUUUUGAUUGCAUACAAGAUUUAACGGAUUUAGUAAACUGCUUCAAAGUUUGCGAAAAAUGGCGUAAUUUGGUUGUUGUCCGGACUAAAAAAGUUAAAUAUUUUACUGGCCGACCAAAUAAUUCGCCUGAUUCUGUUGGUCAUCAAUCAGAUGAGCCUUUUGAUGUAACAUUUUUUAGCAAAUGGUUUCCAAAUUUAAGGAUUGUCGACUUUUGCACAUGUAAAGGAAUAUCAAUCGAUGUAGCAGAUAAAAUAAUCAGAGAUUCAAAAUCUUUGAAAGGAAUAAUCGCUGAUAAGUGCUCCUUUUGGGUUUGCCUGGACGAUCUGCCACGGAUACUGAUGAAUGCUAACCUCGAAAUGUUAUUUACUGAUUAUAAGUUUGUAGCCACAAGUGUAAUCAAUGAAAAUAUGAAACAAUUGUGCCUGUCGACUUAUAGCGGAUAUCUACCCAUGGAAGUGGCACAUACUUUCCCAAACCUUGAAAGGCUAAAUAUUACUUUUUGUCUUGCAGUCAGAGCAGGUCAUUACGCUUAUGGUCCAGUAAUGGCAAAUCUUAAGAUAGUUGAAUUGCUGGUGUUUUCUUACAGGCUGUAUGAUUGGGAAGAAUUUCGUGACUCACUUGCAGUCAUGGAUUUAUGUCCAGCAUUACAAAGUGCUCAUAUCAACUAUCUAAGCGCUCAUGCAGGUAUUAACUUCAAUGAUUCAGUAAAAAAUGCAAACCUACAAGAUUUGGUCAUACAAUUUGGUCAACCAAUCGAAUGGGAUGAUCUACGCAGACUAAUGUCCAAAUAUCCAAAUCUAAAGCAUUUGGCAUUACGAGGAACCUUCCUAAAAGAUGACCACAUCAAACAAUUAAUAUUGCUUUUGCCAAAACUUACUCUACUUGAUAUUCGUGAAUCUCCUGGAGUCACUCAAGACGCUGCUAAUUUUGUUCAGGAUUAUUGUAAGCGGUAUGGCCGAUCAAUCAAGUUUUACUUCAAGAAAGACGACAAACAAAUUGAAAUUGAUUAUCCGCAGUCAUUAAAUCGACCAGAACAAAUUUGUCGUGGAUUUGAUUUCAUGGAACACUGUUUUUUCAAAAGUUUCAAUGAUUUGCCUCAUUUUUUGGAUCCAAUAGAUGAUUAGAAAUGAAAAUGAUAACAUAAUUUUCGAUUCCUUUGUAUUCAACUUUUGUUCCAGCUGUAAAGUUUACGAUAUUGAAAGAAAUGUAAUCCUUGAUAUCUUAAUCAGACCAUAAUUAUCGAUCUUAGACGGACCACCUCAGCUCACAGCUCCCUUUGGUUAUUUAUUACAAUUAUUUUUUCUGUAUAAUCUGGUCUAGUUAAUCAUUAAAGUGUUCAAUUGACAGUUUAAAAUAGCCUA